GAUCGCAGCAGUCGCUGAAGAAAAACACACUUUUGACAGCCGAGAUGUUUGGAAAACUCGUUUGGAUGAUAGCCGCUUAUACCAGCACCGCCCAAAGUUUCUAUGAUAAGAUGCAAUGUGCGAAUUGCUCGAAGAUAAACCGCAAUUGCGAAGUUAAGACAACCGGAUGGAGUUGUGAAUUUGAAGUUGAUGCCCGCAAGUUUGGUACUAAUGUAAAUUCGUCCGAAGUACCGCCAUUUCUACAGACUUGCAUGCCUGCCGGAUUGGCUUUUGUAAAAGAAAAGCCAAUUAUCGGGUAUUGCUGUUUCUGGUCGCCGGAAACGGGAUGUCAAAAGAUCAUAAGAAAAGGCGUAGAUAUUGAAAACAACAAACGUUGUCACAUGUGCAGUCGGGCGAUUUGGUCAUCUUUGAUGGAAAAUAAGACGUGUCCCUGCGGAAAAUGGUUUGUCGACGGAGAAGAAAAAGGCACCAAUCAAAGGAUUUCAAAUUUAAUAGUGUUCUGGACAUUAGUGUGUACAUUACUAUUUUUGUAAGCCAAAUAAAUAUUAAAAUACAUUUUUGUAAUCACUAAA